AAGGGAUAGAGAACGGGGUUGAGUGCCUACCAGCAGAGAUGGGCAAAACCCUUGGCUUCGAAUAAAUUUGAAGUGUGUCGAUGUGUUUGUCUCGUUUCCUUCUUUGGAAAAUGUUCAAAAGAGUCUAGAGAGAGGGACGCUCGGCCCGCUUAAACCUCCUCAGGUUGCCCCUUUUUUCACGCUGCAUAGGUGUAAGGUCUCUCCUAAAACUCCUGUGUUUUAUUUACCUUUCGUUUCUAGGUGUACGAUAACAGUAUGCACAUUAAUCUGACCUUAGAUGAGAAUGUAUUACAUAAUUGAUAAUUUAAGACCAGUUAUUAGAUAACAUUAUGUACAUUACGUGGCUUGAAGUGCAGGUGGAAGAAGUAUAUAAACCCAUGUCUGAGCUGAUUCGAACGUGUCACACAGUGCAUACACACUUCCAGGAAGGAUGAAGCUCUCGAUAGUUGCGGGUAUUGCUUUUCUAGCUACGGUGGCAACAUGUCGAAAUUUAACGGAAAUCGUACACAUCGAUAAGGGACCGGUCCGAGGUUUUGUAACGAAGACUGCGUUUCACAAUAUAUCGUAUUCAGCCUUCUUAGGAAUUCCUUACGCGAAACCACCUGUAGGAGACCUCAGAUUCAAGGCUCCUGUGGAAAUAAAUCCUUGGACGAAUGUGUACAAUGCCACAUUACAGCACGAUGUGUGCCCACAAAUACUGGGCAAAUACGACGGAAGUGAAGAUUGUCUGCACCUGAAUGUAUACACUCCCAAGCUGAACUUCACCAAAAAGGAAACCGUGAAGCCGGUGUUGGUAUGGAUACACGGUGGUGCAUUCAUGAAUGGAGCCAAUGCUAUGGAUAUGUCUGGUCCUGACCGGUAUAUUGAAGAAGAUGUCAUCAUGGUCGCGAUGAAGUAUCGUCUUGGUCCUUUAG